AUGGUGUGGGAGCGGUUCUCCGGGGCCCGUGCCCCCUCCACGCCCCCUCCCGCAGACGGGCUGCCGCUGCCGCUGGCAUCCCCGGCGGUGCCCCCGGCGGUGCCCCCGGCGGCCCGGUGCCCCGGGCGGGCGUUGGGGGCGGCCCUGGAGGCCCGGGUGCGGGCGGCCGAGGAGGAGAACCGGCGGCUGCGGGAGGCGCUGGCCCAACGCGGGGACCCGGGCCCGCCCCACCACCAGCCCCCGCCCCCGGGGGAAGGCCACGACCACCCCUGCGCCCGGCAGGCCCAGGCCCUCAAGUGCCAGCUCCUGCACGUGGCCAUCGUCUGCGCCGGACACAACUCGAGCCGAGACGCGGUCACCCUGGUCAAGUCCAUCCUCUUUCACAGAAAGAACCCGCUGCACUUCCACCUGGUGACCGACGCCGUGGCCCGGCUCAUCCUGGAGACGCUCUUCCGGUCCUGGAUGGUGCCCUCCGUCCUGGUCAGCUUCUACGACGCCGAUGAGCUCAAGCCUGAGGUGGCCUGGAUCCCCAACAAGCAUUACUCGGGCAUCUAUGGGCUCCUGAAGCUGACGCUGCCCCGGGCGCUGCCCCCCGACCUGCCCCGCGUCAUCGUCCUGGACACCGACAUCACCUUCGCCUCCGACAUCGCUGACCUCUGGGCCGUGUUUUCCCGCUUCUCAGACAAACAGGUGAUCGGGCUGGUGGAGAACCAGAGCGACUGGUACUUGGGCAAUCUCUGGAAAAAUCACCGUCCCUGGCCGGCUCUGGGCCGGGGCUUCAACACAGGGGUGAUCCUGCUGCGGCUGGACCGGCUGCGACAGGCCGGCUGGGAGCAGAUGUGGCGGCUGACGGCCGAGAGGGAGCUACUCACCAUGCUGGCCACCUCCCUGGCCGACCAGGACAUCUUCAAUGCGGUGAUCAAGCAGCACCCGUGGCUGGUGCACCCGCUGCCCUGCUCCUGGAACGUGCAGCUCUCGGACCACACCCGCUCCGAGCAGUGCUACUCCGAGGUGUCGGACCUCAAGGUCAUCCACUGGAACUCGCCCAAGAAGCUGCGGGUGAAGAACAAGCACGUGGAAUUCUUCCGCAACUUGUACCUGACCUUCCUCGAGUACGACGGCAACUUGUUGCGCGGAGAGCUCUUCGGCUGCUCCGGCUCUCCCUCCCCUCCCGCCGCGGUCCGCCGCCCGGCGCAGUCGCAGCGGGCCCUGGACGAGCUGGACGAGGACGACGUCUGCUACGAGUUCCGACGCCAGCGGCUCACCGUGCACCGUGUGCACCUCACCUUCCUGCCCCACGAGCCCCCGGCGCCCCGGCCCCAUGACGUCACCCUGGUGGCCCAGCUCUCCACGGACCGGCUGCAGAUGCUGGAGGCGCUGUGCCGCCACUGGCCGGGACCCAUGAGCCUGGCGCUCUACCUGUCCGACGCUGAGGCCCAGCGGUUCCUGCGCUUCGCCCAGGCCUCGGAGGUCCUGGCCGCCCGGCGGGACGUAGCCUACCACGUGGUCUACCGGGAAGGCCCGCUCUACCCCGUCAACCUCCUGCGCAACGUGGCCCUGGCCCAGGCCCGGACUCCUUACGUCUUCCUCAGCGACAUCGACUUCCUGCCCGCCUACUCCCUCUACGACUACCUCAGGGCCUCCAUCGAGCAGCUGGACCUGGCCACGCGGAAGGCCGCUCUGGUGGUGCCGGCGUUCGAGACCCUACGCUACCGACUGAGCUUCCCCGCCUCGAAAGCUGAGCUGCUAACCCUGCUGGACGCUGGCUCCCUCUACACCUUCAGGUAUCACGUGUGGCCGCGGGGCCACGCCCCCACGGACUACGCCCGCUGGCGGGAGGCCCCGGCCCCGUACCGCGUGGCGUGGGCCGCCGACUACGAGCCUUAUGUGGUGGUGAGGAGGGACUGCCCCCGCUACGAUCCACGCUUCGUGGGCUUCGGCUGGAACAAGGUGGCUCAAAUCGUGGAGCUGGAUGCCCAGGAGUACGAGUUUCUGGUGCUGCCCGAGGCCUUUAUGAUCCACCUGCCGCACGCCCCGAGCCUGGACAUCUCCAAGUUCCGGUCGAGCCCCACCUACCGCCGCUGCCUCCGGGCCCUGAAGGACGAGUUCCACCAGGACCUGUCCCGCCGCUACGGCGCUGCCGCCCUCAAGUAUCUGACGGCCGAGCGGCGGCUCUGAGCGCCCUGCCUCCCCUCCGCCGUCCGGGGAAUCCUCCGGCGUCCCCCCCGCCCUCCCAGCCCCGCGGGGUCCUGGAGACAUCUCGGCCGCGAGAGGGAAGCCCGGGAGUUUGACCGGACCCCUCCCCCCGACCCCAGAGGGCUCGGGGGUCACGGCCCCCCGUCCACAGCCGAAGACUGCGUUGGUCUGGAAGCGGGGAGGACCUGCGCCGCGGACGGCGGGACGGGUCGGCGGCCCCGCGGGCCCCGGGGCCUCUAUUUAAAUUAUUUAAGGUGAUUCGAGUCGCCGUAAGAUGUACAUGAUCGUGCUGAGGCUCUGUGUGCCUGGAGCCCGGGCUGAGGCUGGACGGAGGGCGGCGGUCCGGGUUCUGCCUCCUUGUCACUCUCUGGUCCCCGGGCCCCCCUCCAUCUCCUUCCAUCCCCUUGCCCCUGCGUUGCACCGGAUCUUUUGUAAUUAAAGCUUUUCUAUUCUUUUCACGCUC